GUUUUUUAAUCAAUUUUGUAUUUAAAGAUAGUCAGAAACGAGAGCAAACAUACUUAUUCGCAUGCAAGCUGACAAACUAGCUGUGCUUUAGCUGGAAUCCUAGAGAACGAGUAAAUCAAGUUGGACAGAGUAUGGUUUAAAUACAAUGCACUACCUUUGCACUGCCAUUAGUCAUCCUAACGCCUAGUCUAAAGUCUAGAGCAGUUUUGAUCAAUUAGAUCAGCAAGGACAACAAAGCCGAACUUUUUUUCUUUUCAGUUUUUUUAAACUGAUCCAUUUUUUUUAAUUGAUCCAAUGAUAAAAUUACUAACGUGAUGUGUUGAUUGACUUGAAUUUCUUCAGCUUCACUUCAAGUGGAAGUACAGUUGCUGUGAGGAGAGCUGAGCAUAACAAUUCAGUCAUGAUAUACAUUCGAAGAGUUGGUCCCCUUGUGCUACACAAGAGACAGAGAAACAAAAAAAAAUUGAGAUUCGUUUUCAUGGUGGCUGCCCUCAUAAUAUCCAUAUGCCUUGUCUUCAGACUCCUGCAGACGAAUCCUGAAUUAACAUUUUCAGAUUUAGUAGAAAGGUCAGUAGAGGGAGCAGCUUCUUUCCAACUGAAAACUGAUAAUCACAAAGAUGAUGGUCCUAAAGGCAAAUGUGGCCUCCCAAAACCAUGUCCUGGAAAUGAUUAUACAUUUAAGAUUUACAGUGGCGCAACAAACAUCAUUGGACCACGAAUAUGCUUUGAGGGGAAAAUAAUAAUAGAGAAAGACAGACGAGGAAACCGAUGCGGAAUUCAUAUUGCUGUUAUCAAUGAAAAAACAGGUGAACACGUCAACACUGGCAGCUUCAAUAUGUGGAAUGGAAAGGUUGAGGAGCUGAUAGAGUUUCUGAAGUCAAUCGAGGAUGGUUCUCUUGUGUUGAUCACCACUUUUGAUGAUCCAGCCACAAAACUUAAUGAUGAAGCAAGGACACUUAUUGCAGAGCUUGGAAGUUCAUAUAUUUCCCAGUUGAAAUUCAGAGAUAAUUGGCUCUUUGUGGGAGGGAAGAAAACCAUAACACAAGUCACUUUUGAGCAGCACAUAAAGAAUGACAGGGAAACCAAUAAGUACGAAAGCUGGCCAGAAAUGAUCGAGAUGGAAGGUUGCAUACCUCGAAUAGACUGAUUUUUCCUACAGCACAAUUUGAUCUGCCAAAUAAUAGCGUUUAAAUCAGGCAUCAGAUGAUGUUUUUGCAUCUACAGUAAUACAACAAGCUAAGCCACAAUGCAUUUCCGAUGUGUUUCAUGAUAUUUCAGACUGUCCUAAAUACAUUGUAAUUAAUAGGCUUUAUGCCUACUUUUGUGAGACCAUGUCACUGUUUCAACUGUGGUGUUGAAACCUCUUAUAAUAGAGGUUAUCCUAGACUUA